AUGAAUGAACUAAUUUUCAUUCCUUUAGCAGGAUUAGGUCACCUCGUAUCAGCCAUCGAAUUUGCUAAAUUUAUUCUAAAUAGAGAUGAUAAAAAUCUCUGCAUUUCUGUUCUCAUUAUGAAACUUCCCUUAGACUAUGGCGUUCAAAACUUCAUUCACUCUCUCACUUCUCAACCCCGCCUAAAAUUCAUUAAUAUCUCCUUAGACGAAAAAACAUCUUCUGUCUUCUUGAAUAACCAUGAAAGUUUCCUCUAUGAUUUCAUCGAUGGUCACAAAUCAAACGUACGAGAAUAUGUUCAAAAUAUUCCCCGUCUUGCUGGUUUCGUGCUUGACAUGUUUUGUACCUCGAUGAUUGACAUAGCCAACGAAUUUAACGUUCCGAGUUAUAUUUACUUUGCUUCAAAUGCUGCUUUUCUUGGUUUAUGUCUUCAUUUUCAAGCUCUAAGAAAUGAGCAAAAUUUAGACACGUCUAAGUACAUAAACUCAAAGGAAUUAUCAAUUCCAUAUUUUAAAAAUCCAUGUCCUACUAAAGUUUUGCCUAAGCAUUUAUUAAAUUCAAGAAUUGCUUCAACAUUGUUUUUUGAUGGAAUUCGUCGAUUUAAAGAGACUAAAGGGAUUAUUAUUAACACUUUUUUUGAGCUUGAAUCUUUUUCUCUUCAGGCUUUAAUGGAUUCUGAGAUUGUUCCAACUAUUUAUCCAGUUGGUCCAGUGGUUAGUUUUGCAAAAAGUGGUCAUUUUCGAAAUAAUAUGUCCGAAAUUGAAAGUAUUAUCGAGUGGUUAGAUGAGCAACCGGAUUUAUCUGUAGUGUUUUUGUGCUUUGGUAGUAUGGGAAGUUUUGAGGCAGAGCAAAUCAAAGCAAUAGCAACUGCACUGGAACAUUUCGGUCACAGGUUCUUGUGGUCUUUAAGAAGAUCUCCACCAAAGGGAAAAACAGAUAUGCCAAGCAAUUACACCAAUUUUGAAGAAGUUUUGGCAAAAGGGUUUUUGGAAAGAACAAAAGGAAUUGGAAAAGUGAUAGGAUGGGCACCACAAGUAACAAUAUUAUCUCAUAAAUCAAUAGGAGGAUUUGUGUCGCAUUGUGGAUGGAAUUCUAUAUUGGAAAGUGUAUAUUUUGGUGUGCCAAUUGCAACUUGGCCACUCUAUGCAGAACAACAAAUGAAUGCAUUUUUAUUGGUUAAAGAAUUGGGAAUUGCUGAGGAGAUUAGGAUGGAUUAUGUUAUUGAUUUUGAGGGGAAAAAUAAUAAAGUUGAUAUUGUGAGUGCUGAAGAAAUUGAAGAGGGUUUACAAAGAUUGAUGGUAAAAAGUGAAGAGAAUGAAGUGAGGAAAAAAAUAAAGGAAAUGAAGGAGAAAAGCAGAGUGGCUAUGGUGGAUGGUGGAUCAUCUUAUAACUCUCUUGGACUUCUAAUUAAUGGUGUACUUACAAAUAUUUCUUAAUAAUAAUAGUGUAUCAGUUGUAUACAAGUUGGAGUCUGUUAUAUGAAUGAAUUCGGGGUCUUAAUGCAUAAAAUAACAACAACAAAGAGAUGGUAUUUGAGUAGAUAUGCACUGUUAUUGGGUGGAGUUG